AAAUAUGUCGAAAUGAAAUCAUCGAGCAUCACGUGGACACUGCGAAGUGGGAAUAUGUGCGAGUUGGUCAAUGUUGUUGAGAUUCAUUAAUUUAUCGACGGAAUCAUGCUAUCGGAAUGCGGCGGAUUAGUGCACUUCAAGAAGAGACUAAAGCCUUGCAAGCAACGGUCUCGAGAACUAAUUCGCGUUUUCGGAGGAUAAGAUGAGCAAAAGUGUGGAGUUACUCGCUGGAUCGGAGGACAGUGAGCCAACACCUGCAGGUAACACUUGCACCCAAGAGAGAUCCAGACUGAACCUGAACGGAAGCCGUCAAUUCUCGAAAAGCGCCACGGAGCUCCGGGACAACGAAAUCGCGAAUAGCUCGCCUUCGAGGCGGGAUGAUGGAUCGAGUGGAUCCGGCACCAUCCACCAUCAUCGGCAUCAUCGGCACCACGGUCCGGCAUCGGUGGCACAGCGCACCCACACUUUCUUCGCGACUCUGAAAAGUCGUUGGGCGCGCAGCAGGAGCAAGGAGCGGAAAAAAUCAAAGGAUGCCAGUAGCGUGCAGUCGCAGGAUACGAGCCAGCUCAAGAAUCCUGGCGUCGAGUCCGAUUAUGCCGCCGAUUACUCUUCCGAGCACAGCAGAAGUUCCUCGGCCACUCAAAGCCCGGCCAGGCAUUGCCUCAAUCGUCCAGAAUCUCCGUUGGCUCGUGGUGGCCGAGAAAGAGUCAUGACCAUACAAGAGGACAACUUCGGAAAAUGCGGCGAGAGAUUUUCGAAAGGAUCCGUAAACUUCCAGAGCCAAAAAGAAGGACACACGAGCGAAGGGCCUCGGAGUUCCAUCAGCCAGGAUGGAGGCGAGUUCCUUCAGGACGAGGUGACGCGAAGGAGAGAACUAGCGUUGAGGCAACAUGCCUUCUUCCAGCUUCGCUUGCAUAUAAGGAGAGGCGCGAAUCUCGUUGCGAUGGACAGAGGCGGGGCCAGCGAUCCUUAUGUAAAAGUAAAAUGUUCAGGACGACUAUUACACAAGUCGCGAACCGUUCAUCGCGAUUUAAAUCCGGUUUGGGAUGAAAGCGUGACCUUGCCCAUAGAAGAUCCUUUUCAACCACUUACUAUUAAGGUUUUCGAUUACGAUUGGGGUCUGCAGGAUGACUUUAUGGGAGCUGCUCAAUUGGAUCUUACGCAACUCGACCUUGGACAUUCUCAGGAUAUAAUAUUAGAACUUAAAGAUCCGGGCAGACCGAAGCAACAUUUAGGUGAAAUCUAUCUGACAGCUACAUUAUGGCCAAGAAAUCAACAAGAAAAAGAACAGUAUAUUCAAUCUAAAGUCAAUGCACACACAAACUCGAUACCACGUCGAAAAGAAUAGUGAUAAAUAGUGAUAAAUCGCGCAAAGUUAAUAUCACGCAGGAGACCAAAUCCAAUCGAAGUUGCAAUCGUCGCAUCCAAGAUGAAUGUUACAUCGGAAGAUUUUUCAUCUAAAGCGAAUGUCGCGAGCGAACUUAAUAUCAUCCCCGAGAUCAAUGUUACGCCGGAAAUUGAUGUCACAUCCAAGAUUACAUGCGAAACAGAUGCCGUGUCGGGAAAAAACCUCGAUGAUGACGUGUCUAAAGCGAACAAUGUAUCUGAGAUUCAUGUAAUACCUAAUACGGAUAUCGUUUCUAAUAAAAUAGAGAAGACGUUUAUCGAUAAAUCAUCCAAUAUUGCAGCGCCUCCCAGAAGAUUGCGUCGGAAAUUUUCCACGGACCAACAAGGAUGUCAUUCUCUUGCGGUAUUAGAUCCAACCGUAUCAAAACAAAAAUUCGAAACUGACGAUACGGAUGACACUAAUACAGAGAGCGAAGCUGAAAUUAGAAAUUACGUCUUGGCGUUGGAUGACAAUUUUUUAGAAAAUAAUCCACACGAAGAAAAUUCGAGAGAAUCGAGCUCUCUCGCUGACGAGAAAUUGAAAAUCCAACAAACCCCUGCGAUUGAAGGAUUGUUUGCCAAGACAAUUUCCGAAACUAAGGAGACGGGAUCGAAUACUACUGAAAGCGAGAAAUCGAAGUUAGAGCGAGCGUCUGCGAUGAUAGAAGCCUGGAAGGCGCGAGUGGCUGAAGCAUCGAUCGAAAGGCGAUCCGAGAUCAAGAAAAGGAAGACAAAGCUAAAAAGUUCUGUGGAGCGAAAAAUGGAAUCGAUAGAGAAAAUACUAGAGGAUCACGUGGAGCGAAUCUGGGAAGAGAACGUGGAGAAACAUUCGUGGCUGCAACCGAUUGACACAUGGAUCGUCGAUCGUUGCAAGCCUUCCUCCAGCUACACAGUGACGCAUUGUCAACGAGAUGUCAAUGAAGACGUUGUGCCAGAACCCACGUAUGAUUUCAAGUUUACGUCGGCGGCGACAGCGGAUGAGGAGCCGAAAAUCGAGAGCGGACCGAUGGAUAAUCGACGGCCGACGACAAUCGACGAAUCAAAAAUCGAGAGAAGGGUGAUUGAGCAUUUGCGGAAACUGCGAAAUCGAGCCGGUUCUCCGAAAUCAAAUCGAUUCGAGCCCGCGAAUCUAACCGCGCAGCUGAAGAAGCAAGAAACUAUUCCCACGCACGAAGAAAAUGAAGAGGAAAAUCCUGAUGUGUUAAUCGAUCCCGAUGUUUUGGAAGUAAAGGAGGUCAAACGCCACGAUCUUCUGGAUAAGCUAAAGGAUAACGUUAAAGAGAAAAUGGAAGACAUUCAUAGGUAUUUCCAGAAGACCAAUCGAUUAGCGGACGUAAAUAGACGUUUAAAAUCACAAAUAUGGAGUUCGGUGGUUACAAUUGUGCUCGUGGAAGCAAAGAGUUUAUUGCCAAUGGACAUAGAUGGUUUAGCGGAUCCUUAUGUGAAGUUUCGACUCGGCACGGAGAAGUACAAGUCGAAAGUCGUUAAUAAGACGUUGAAUCCAGUUUGGUUGGAACAAUUCGAUCUCCAUCUCUACGAGGAUCCGUAUCUAGGGCAAGAAUUAGAGGUGACAGUCUGGGAUCGGGACAAGGGUCAUCAAGACGAUCUGAUGGGCAAAACGGUGAUCGAUUUGGCGGUUCUCGAGCGAGAGACCACGCAUCGGUUAUGGCGCGAACUCGAGGAUGGUUCGGGCAAUAUUUUUUUACUCUUAACGAUAAGCGGCACCACGGCCAGCGAGACAAUUAGCGAUCUGGCCGUACACGAGGAAACGCCGAUAGAGCGCACUCAAUUAAUCCAGCGCUAUUCGAUCUUAAAUACUUUGCAGAGGGUACGCGACGUAGGUCAUCUGACAGUGAAGGUAUAUCGAGCGCAGGGUCUCGCAGCGGCCGAUCUCGGAGGCAAGAGCGAUCCAUUCUGCGUUCUGGAGCUUGUCAAUUCCAGAUUACAAACGCAGACAGAAUAUAAGACUCUGGCACCAAAUUGGCAGAAAAUUUUCACUUUUAACGUGAAGGAUAUCAACUCCGUUCUGGAAGUGACAGUGUACGAUGAAGAUCGGGAUCACAAAGUGGAGUUUCUUGGAAAAGUGGCGAUACCAUUACUAAAAAUUCGUAACGGAGAGAAACGGUGGUACGCGUUGAAGGAUAAGAAAUUAAGGGGUCGCGCGAAGGGUAACUGCCCUCAGAUUCUUUUGGAAUUGAUCAUCGUGUGGAAUAUAUUAAGAGCAUGCAUCAGAACGCUUAACCCGAAGGAAAAAAAGUACAUGGAGCCAGAAAUGAAAUUCAAGAGACAAGUCUUUCUGCGGAACGUCCUCAGGCUCAAGGCUAUUAUCGUCGUAUUUAUUGACAUAGGGAAAUACAUACAGAGUUGCUGGGAAUGGGAAAGCAAGAUGAGGAGCGUUAUCGCUCUGGUCAUUUUUGUUCUCGGAUGUUACUAUUUCGAACCAUAUAUGAUACCAGGUGUGGCAUUAUUGAUUCUUCUAAAAUAUUACUUGCUUAGCGGCGAGAGGAGCGGGUUCAAUCAUUGGGUUUGCGGACAGGUCGCUGUGGUGACAGGUGCACCUUUGACUUACGCAAAUUCGCAGUUUCAAGAUCAUGCUGAAAUAGGGUCCGACGAUUGUCCGGCAACACCAGGGGACGACGACGAUGAUGAGGAUGACAAAGAUAAAGAAGAGAAAAAAAGUCUGAAGGAACGUUUACAAGCAAUCCAAGAGGUGACGCAAAUAGUUCAGAACUCGAUCGGCUACAUAGCUAGUCUUUGCGAGAGAGUGAAAAAUCUCUUCAACUUCACGAUUCCUUAUUUGAGCUAUUUGGCGUUCACCCUGACGAUCGCCGGGGCAGUUGUGCUCUAUUUUAUUCCUGUCCGGUAUCUGAUCCUCACCUGGGGAGUUAAUAAAUUUGCUAGAAAAAUCUUCAGGCCUCACUCCGUGCCCAACAACGAGGUCCUCGAUCUUAUAUCUAGAGUGCCUGACGACGAAGAACUGCUUAAUUAUAGAGAACUGAAACCUGUGCCGACAGCGGAUUGCGAGAAAGGCUCGGGCAGUCCCGGUUCAAAUACGAGAAGAGAGCAGAGAAAGAGGCACAAACCGGCGUAGCAGAAUUACCCGCGGCCGGAAGUCGCGGGUCCAAGGUCGUCCAGUAUCCUUAAAACGGUCCUGCUGCGCCGGAAAUUGCGACAGCGAAAAGGAUCAGCGGAAAAUAUGGAUGUGAUUGAUAUAGACUGAACACACUUUCAUUUUCUACUCUCCCUAAAUCGUAAGAAUCUUGUCUAUCGUCAGUCGUUGGCAAAGGUAUCGCACGUGAUAUUGCUUCGAAAGAGGCAAAAAGAUUAUUGACAAUGAAAAAUUUUAAUGCUGAAAGAAGAUAGCAAAGAAUCAGGAUGGAUAUUUGUUACGUGAAUAAUGAGAAAAAGAUAUUCUUACGCGGAAAAUAGGAUAUUAUGUACUGCGGUAUAAAAAUGAUUGAUGAUCAUAUGAUAUAUCUUAAGGUAUAUAUCACGUUAAAUAUAAGAAAGACUAUAAAAAGACACAAUAUGCGUUGAAAUAUAUAUCGUGAAAAACAUUAUAUAGAAUACGUAAUUAUAGAAUUACGAAUAUGUAGCGUAUAAUAUAUUAAAAAAUGCCAUUACCAUUUUUUUAAAUGUAUUAUAUGAUCAUAUCGUUUUUUCUUUCCGCAGUCGAUAAUAGAUAUGCAUGAAUUAAACGGAGAUAUUAUUGUUAUUUUUUAAAAUGUAUGGUGCAUGUGGUCAUUGACAAUUUUCUUCCAACUAAUUGAAUAGAUCAGAAGAAGUCAAUUGAAAAUAAAAUUAUAUUUUAUCAUCUAAUUCAUUUUAGAUAUAAAUCCACGAUAAUAAAUGCUUGAAAUUCGGAUUAAACUGGGUUUCUUUGUUAAUGAUAAUGUAUAAAAAUAUAAUUAGCGAAGAAGUUUGUUAAUGUAUUUUAAGAUUUAAAUUUAAAAGUUAAAGAAAAUUGAUAUAUUUAAGUAUUUAUAAAGAUUUGAAAGCAUAAAAAUAUAAGAGUAUAAGCAAAAACGUAGAAAUAAAAACUUCAAAAAUUGCACAAAUAACAAAUGAUAAAAAGUAAACAAACAUUUCAAAAAAAGAAAAAAAUAAUUAUUUUAAGAUUUAGUACAUUUUAAAAAUACUUUAUUGGAAGUUCCAGUUUUUUUUAGAUUUAACAAUAUUGAAAUCGAGGAAAGAGCAGCUUCUUCCUUGGUCAUUUGAUUUAGACAAGAGAAGUGUGUAAUGACUUCUUUACAAUAAUUUCUCAAGAAACAGAAAAAAAGAGAGGAAUAGAGCCAGAGAAAGAGACAGAGAAGCAAUUUUGAAAGUAUUUCGUGUUUAAAGGGAGAAUCACGUUUCGAGCAUAUCAAGGGAAGCAAGAAACGUGUAUUCUUAGAAAUUCAUUAAUUAACAAAUUUGACAAAUUAAUGGAGAUAAAUAUUUAAACAAAGCGCGACGACAGUUUCCUUAUUAUUAGAGGAACACAUGUCGAUCGUUUCGUCCAUCGGUGUCAUUAGUUAGCCAUUAGAUAUCGUUACGAGGAAUAGAGAGAUAUAAGAGCAAUUAAAUAUUUUUCAGGACAUAAUCAAGUAUUAGUAUUCUCGCAAAAAAAUUACGCAUAAUUGGGCUUCGCAAAAGAAUGUUAUAUAAUUGAUUUUAAAUUAAAUUCGGAUGUUCUGCCAUGUUUUUUCUUAUCAAUAUUAAAAUAUUACUUCCAAAAGUUCUAUAUGAAAUGUUCAUUGAAUAAUUUUUUAAAAUUAAGGAAUUACGUUUUAUAGUACUUGUAAUUAAUAAUUUGAUGCAGAAAAAAAGUAGUUAUUUCGUUAUCGUUUGAAUAAGAAGUACACGGCAAAAUUUCCGCAUUAACUCAAUACAUUCGCGCAUGCGAUUACGCGAAAUUGUAUACGCACGCUUAUAAGUAUAGGUUGCGCGCGAUGAUUCUCUUCUAAAGCGUCUGACGUUAUUUUAAGUCUUCGUUCCAACGCACAGUUUGUUGAUUAAAUGAUAGAGAGAGAGAAAGAGAGAAAGCUCGAAAUUAUUUUAUUUGAGCAUUUCUGUAUUGUUAAGGAAAUCGUCGCGAAAAAAGUUUUGCUUUUUCGACUGGGAAUUAUUCAGAUCACGGCGCGUGUAUUUUUACAACGAUGUUUACAUUUGGAUCUUUGAUUAGAUAAUACUAAUACCGAAAGUACGCAACACACUUUCUAUGUGAUAACUUUCUUAUCACGUGGGUAAUAAGUUCGAUGUACUGCUGGUGUUACCAAUGGCUAUUUUAUCAUGCCUUUUUAACACGAUUAUAUAAUCGCCGUGACAUUUUCUGUCUAGCACGCAUUCGUUUCUUUCUCAUGUUGAAUUUCAUGUUGCGCAAUUGUAUAAUAUAAAAAAUUUAUAGAGCUAUACUGAUUAUAUAUAGAACAAUCGCGCAAAAAUGCCUUUUGCAUUAUAAUACAUAAUCUUCGAAUAAAUAACGAUUAAAAAUAUAAUUUAUAUCUAAGUUUGAGAAGAAAAGAAUGAUCGAAUCAUAUUUUUCAAUUAACUUUAAAUAGAUUUUCAUAAAAUUUAUAUUUGGAAUUUAGUUGUAAAAAAUGUACAAUAUUGAACAUUGAAAUGUACAUUGAUAAGAACGACCUCCCUCGACAUUUUUAUUAAGAAAAGAUCGUUUUCGAAUAAUUGAUCGAGAAAGCUAUAAUUAAAAGGAUAAUCGAUGAUUCCAAAACGCAUAUAACGCGUUUUAUGUUAUUCGUCAAUAAUGUGUUGUCAUUAAUUAAUUAAAAAAUAUACAAUGAUGUGAUUUACAGAGAAUAUACAGAGAUGUGAUUUCUUCGCGAAAGAAAGAGGAAAUGUCGCGCGACGAUUACAAAUGCAGGCUCGUUAUGUAAAAAUGCACUCGCUUGAGAGAAGGCGGAUAAAACCUAUAAAUAUUUAUUUCUGGCCACGAUUUUACUGGUUCGUGGCCAAUAGAGAGAGUGGGAGAAAAAGAGAGAGAGUGUUUGAAAGAGAGAAAGAAAGAGAAAAAGUAGUAUCGCUGAUCCAUUUUUCGCUUUUCUAAUUAUAUACUAUAAUCGUUAUAUACACCGUGCAUACGUCUUUUUGCAAUCUUUUAUCCUCAAUUUACUCAUUCUCAUCCUCUAUGUAUAAAAGCGCCUCGAUGAUCCUUCCGGCACAAUAUUUUGAACAGUCUCUUAUGGAGCACUUUCACACGCGAGGCGUAUUUACCCAAACACAUAUAAACACUUACACGUAAAUAACAUAACAGACUAGAUAUUUUACGACUAUUGCAUUCUUUUCAAAUCUUUUACUUUUUACAGAUUCUGGAUCAAUUUGUAAUGUGUUUUUUUUUCUAUUGACAAAAAUAUCGGCUUACCUAUAAUUUAUAUAUUAGUACAUAAUAUAAGUGAUUGAAAAAAGAGUCUCUGGCAAAUAAAAGUUUAACAUAAAAAAUAUAAAUGACAAAAUUAUAUUUUCGACUUUCUUAAGUCAGAUUUCAAUUUAAUUUUGAUAGAAUUUUAAUUUAAAGUUUAGCUACAGAGAUAUAUUAAGUUAAAAAUUAUAAUGCGUGCAAUAUAUAACGAUCUUUCUUGACAUUUUUGUUCAAAGAGAAAUUUUCAAAUGUGUCACUGAAGCUGUAGUUAUAUAUUUAAUUAUGGAACACGUACACACACGCAUACACAUAUAACGUGUUAUUUCUUUUGUUACUAAAGGCCUAAGGGGCGAGCUAAAACAAAUUACAUCACACACACAGAUACAUUUUCAGAGCUUUACAUCAUCUAGUCAACGAAUUUACUUAGACGCUCGUGAUAUUUGUGAAAUCAUUUUCCAAUGUGUUUUUGGGACUUUCCAGUUCUCUCUGCUAAUUUUUAAUGUUUGUAAUUUUAUCUACUUUUAACGAACAUAUUGCCAAAUAUUUCAAUAUUGUAUAACAUAUCGAGUCAAGAGUAUAUUGCGCUUUUUUAUGUUUCUUUAUUUGCAAAAAGUAUCUCAAAUAUUUAUCUGACAAUGCGUUUAUAGUUACUUAGAAAUUAAAGUUUAAUAUUUUUUACCGUAUUAUUCUCUAUCUUAAAUAAUAGAAGACAGUAUCAUCUCCAUGAAAUCAAAUCUGCAUACCGUUAAAUCAAUAAAAUUCCUCUAUUGCUAUCAAAAUACAAUAAUUAGUUUGCAAAGUAUAUUUUUCUCUACCUAUAAAAUGUAAUGAAGGGACAAUAGUCUGAGAGAUUGAAUAGAAAAUUUAAUAUUAAUUGUGAAAAAGCUUUAAAAUUGUUCGGAAACGCUUUCUUAAAAACUCAUUAAAGCUUAGCUACAGCUUACGUAGUAUUGAAGAAAUUAUACAUUGAUAAAAGAACCUCUGUUUUAAGUCCUGAUUGUAAAUAUAUUAUUUUGCAUAUUUUAUUUACAUACCAGAUACGAUAUAAUAAUAUAUUUUCAUACAUUAAUUUAUAUCAAUUUUACUCAAAUAUACAUAUAUACUUUACUCGGAUUGUAUAAAUAUAUAUAGAAAGUUAUUCCAAAUACUUUUUAAAUAUAUCAUCGAAUGUUUCUCUAUAAAAUUAAAUUCUACUUGCGUUUGCAAGUAGCUAUGUUGUGUUUAUUCAAAUCUACAAUACAUGCCAGAAUUAAAAGGCAAUUCUAAUUAUCGAGACAAGUACCUGCUAUUAAAACCAAGCAUCAGUAUUAACGAAUAGAAACGUUGCGAAGACACGGUAGAUACGUCAGGUUUUAAACUCGUUUUUAACUACUCCUAGUCCUUUUCUACUCUUCCAGUUUUGUACUUCGAUAAAAUUGUGUCUAUCUUCUGCAAUCGACACAAUUUAUAUUUUUUUCCCAUUUUAUUGUCUUCACUAUUUUCGAGAAUACGCGUCAACUUUAUACGCAUAACGUACAUACAUAUACACACAUAUAUAUAUACAAUAUGUCUUAGAUUAGUGGUAGAGCUCUAUUCUUGAAGGAAUUAAAGAUUCAAAACUUUCAUCUCUAAUACAAAUAUAAUCUAUGUGUAUGCUUUACUUAUUGUUAUACUUAAUUGCUAUUAAAUCUCGAUGAGAUCUAUUGAUUCUGAAAUUAAAUAUUAAAAAAAAAAAGAUUUAAAUGCUGAAUUGCUAAAUUUCCAGCUGUCAGUUCUAAAGUCCAAAUAUUUAAGAGUUUAUUUUCACAAAUUGCCUUAUAUCCAUAAUUUUAAAAAAAUAAAAUUCGAUAUAUGUAUAUACCACAUAAUAAAGUUGUGCAAAUUUUUGUAAUACUGCAUAAAAUAAUAAUUUUUAUAGUUUUUUUUUGUAAAAUAUAAUUUUUACAUUUUAAAUGGACUUAAGAUAAUUCGAAAAAACAAGCUUUACACACACACACACACACACACACACAUAUAUAUAUAAUUCUCUAAUUCCUUUUACAAGGAAACGGACUUCCUUAUAUGAGCUUCGGGAAAACACUUGAGCGAUACGCACCGAUACGCAUCUUUUAGUAGAACAGUCUGUAGCGGACACGCCUGUACACAUAUACACACACACGCACGUUUCAAAUUUGCAUGCUCCAGUUUCUUCGUGUGUUAUUUGGAUCUUCAUUCGAGUGUUUAGUCGUUAAGAGAAAAAUACGAGUAUCGCAAACAUUUAUGAGGACCGCGUGCGUUUUUCUCGAUUACAUCGGCCACUAAUCUAAAUCGUUUAGAUCAGUCAAAACGCUCCGCACACAUUUGUCUACUUCCUAAUUGAUAAGAGAGAGAGAGAGAAAGAGAGAGAGAGAAUUUAGAUAGAGAACGCAAAUGUGAUUCAAUCAGUCGAUCGUUGACAAGAGAGAGAAAGGUGUUACGUAUCGAGGUGAAAGGUUUGAGUUCAUCGGAGGAUCUCGAUCGAUGUGUAUGUGAAACUCGCACUACAGUGGAAUUUAGUGAAAAAAACGCGGCUAUCAUUGAUCGAGCUCACUUUGGUAUCCUCGACCAACAUUCUCGAUAUUCCAAUGAUAAGAUGUACUUACGACAAAGCGUGAUAAGAAUCGUUAUUAUAUUCAUAAUAUAUGAAAAGAGAUGAAAUAUUGAGAAAUAAACGAAGCUUUUAAUAUCCA